GAACACCUGGCGCAAUUGUCUCGCCAGCUAUCCGCAAAACCCUAAAUUCACUCUCUCUGCCCCGGUGCCCUAAGCUUUGCUCAUGCUUCUUCUUUCUCCCUUAUCUGUCCGUCUCUUCUCAUACUUGUUCAUAUAAAAGCUGGAGAAACCGACUGCCGCCCGCGCAUCGAUAAUUCCGUGCAGCACUAUUCUCUGAUUUCUAUUCUUGUUCUGUUCUCUCUUCUCUCUCAAUUACCCGAGAUCGUCACAUUCCAUCUGCGUUGCCGACCCGAGUUCGAGAGACCCUGCGGGAGUCCUGCAUACCCGUAUCAGCACGUCUUUAACGCUGCAAUCUACACCUUGACCACACAAUGCUCCCACCGGGCCGACGACGCCCCCUGCGUCUCCUCCCGAUAGCUGUUGCCUUUCUUCUCUGUUUUGCCUCAAUAGCGUCUGCGGCAUCUGCGGUUGUUGGCAUUGAUCUGGGGACUGAAUACAUCAAGGCUGCUCUUGUAAAGCCUGGUGUUCCACUAGAGAUCGUUCUGUCUAAGGAUUCGAAGCGGAAAGAAGUAAGCGCUAUAGCUUUCAAACCUCCGAAAGGUGAAAUCGCCGUCGGCAGUUUUCCAGAGCGAAGCUAUGGCAGCGAUGCGUUAGCUCUUGCCGCUCGCUUUCCAGGCGACGUGUACCCGAACCUGAAGCAGCUGCUGGGCGUGUCAGCCGACAGCAAUGCCGCAAGCGAGUUUGCCUCGCGAUAUCCCGCCCUUGCGCUCGUUCCAGAUGAGUACCGCGGUACGGUCUCCUUCCAGAGUGGUGCUUUCCACCGAGACGAGAAGCCUUGGACAGUUGAGGAACUUCUUGCCAUGGAGCUGAAGAACGUAAAGGAGAAUGCACAGACGCUUGCAGGCAAGACGCACAGAGUCACUAGUGCUGUUUUUACCAUCCCCCCAUACUUCACAGCCGAGGAGAGGAAAGCGCUACAGAAUGCUGCAGAGCUGGCAGGAUUGAAUGUUCUUGGCAUGCUCAGUGACGGUGCUGCUGUAGGUCUGCAUUAUGCAACGUCAAGAACGUUCCCUAGUGUCACGAACGGAGCAGCUCCUGAAUACCACUUAGUCUUUGACAUGGGUGCUGGAUCCACCGUGGCGACGGUGCUUCGCAUGCAAGAACGGACAAUCAAGGACACCAGGAGGUACAACAAGACAGUUCAGGAAGUUACCGUGCUUGGUGCCGGAUGGGACAAGUCCCUUGGUGGAGAUGCUCUGAACAUGGUGAUUGUGAACGACAUGGUCUCCAAGUUCGUCGAGACAUCAAACUUCAAAGCUCUGGGAAAAGACGAGGUUGACGUGAGACGUCAUGGUCGUGCCAUGGCUCGCAUGUUCAAGGAUGCCGAGAAAGUUCGACAAGUUCUCAGUGCCAACAAACAGACGGCCGCAAGCUUCGAAGACCUGUUUGAGGACCUGGACUUCAGAUACAAGCUCUCCCGCGACGAGUUUGAGAAAGCUACUAGUGACUUCGCUGAUCGCCUUGACGGGCCGAUCACAUCCGCCCUCAAAGCGGCGAACCUUACCUUUGACCAACUGACAUCUGUUAUUCUUCAUGGUGGUGCGACUAGGACGCCAUUUGUCCAGGCGAGACUUGAAAGCUUGGUUGGUGAUGCAGCUAAGCUUCGUAGUAAUGUUAAUGCAGAUGAGGCAGCAGUUUUUGGUGCCGCCUUCAAGGCUGCGCAGAUAAGUCCGAGCUUUCGUGUCAAGGACAUCGUGGUCGGAGAUGCAGCAGGGUAUGCCACCUUCCUCCUGCAAAAUGUUGACGGCAAGGAGAAAUCACAGAAGCUAUUUAUUGCGACAUCGACUGUUGGCGUUACCAAAGAAGUGCCGUUCAAGCAGCUCGAUGACUUCACGUUCCGUAUUUUUCAAUCAAAAGGUGCCUCCGAUGAAACUGGGACUGCUCCAGCCUCAUAUACAUUCACCACGAAAAAUCUCACCGCAAGUGUCAAGCAGCUGAUAGAGAAGAUUGGUUGCAAUAAGGAAAAUAUCACAAACAGCUUCCACAUUCGGCUAAGCCCUGUAAACGGCUUGCCAGAGGUCUUGAAGGGUACGUUAAGCUGCACAGUUGAGGAAACAGAGAAAAAGAGUAUGGUGGAUGGUAUGAAGGAUAUGUUGGGUUUUGGCAAGAAUAAAGAACAGGAACCGCUAAAGGAAGACGAGAGGGAACCAUCCUCUUCAUCUUCACAACCGCCACAAUCAUCAGCAGAUCAAGCGAGCAUCUCUACAUCAGGUUCAAGCGAGUCUCCUAAAGAGAGCAAGGGUGCAGAUAAGGCAAAAGCGCCUAAGAUAAGGACUGAAGUUGUCAACAUUGACUUCAGGACCGAGUGCGAAGGAUGCAUCGAGCUGUCCCGUGAAGAGCUAAGCCGCAUGAAGAAACGUCUAUCUGCCUUCGAUGCUGCGGAUAAGCUGCGACGCGAACGAGACGAAGACAUGAACAACCUUGAAUCUUUUAUCUACAAGGCUCGUGGUCUUCUGGAAGAGAACGAUUUUAUCGAAUACUCAACAGUCGACGAGCGAAAGAAAUUAGAGAAGCUGGUGGACUCCGUAAGCGAGUGGAUUUACGAGAAAGAAGGGCAGUCCGCGACCGCUGAGGUUCUGAAGUCCAAACUGAAAGAGAUGAAGGACAUUGUUACGCCAGUGCAAGAAAGGCAAAAGGAAGCCGAAUCGAGGCCUGCGGCAAUCAAGAUGUUGCAGAAAAGUCUUAACGAGACAACUACGUUUAUCAAGUUAAUCAGGAACGCUCUUGAGCAGUCGGCGUCUGCAUCAUCAGAAACAACAGCAUCUGAAUCAGUACAGGUAACGAAAUCGGCAACAGAUGCGUCCGAGUCUUCCACUUCCCGCGGAGCUGAGACAAUUACUGAAGAUACAGAUCCAUUGGCUGCUCUAGAAGAAGACCUUCCCCCAGUGUCAGAAUCCAUGCCAGAAUCCACCAAAAAGCCUGCCAACCCUUUCGAAAUGUAUACUGCUCAAGAUCUCGCCGAUGUUCAGAACCUAUACGACAAUGCAAAGACGUUCCUCGAGGAGAAACUCGCCAAGCAAGCUGAACUUGCAAUUACGGAGAACCCAGCUUUCCAAGCUAGCGAGCUCGAGAAUGCUGCAAAGAAACUCAACGAGGAAGUUGUCAAGAUCGUCGAGAGACACAUGCCCAAGUGGAGCAGCGGCAGCGGUGGGACCAAAUCAAAGUCCAAGGCAAAGACUGAAAAGGGUAAGGCAAAGGCCAAAGCCGAAAAGAAGACAAAGAAAGAUGCAACCGCGAGCUCGUACAAGACGCAGAGUGAGACAGUCACUCUCGAGGUAUCCAAGGACAUGCCGACGGACACUGCCAAAUCGACGAGCACCAAGGAUGAAUUGUAGGAGCUUAGCGAAAUAUCUGAAAAUUUCUGAUGUAUCAUAGACAUGCAUUGGGCUGGCGUUUUAAAUGAUCAAACUUCAAUCAAAACGA